AUGGAGCUAAUCGAUGAUCUCAUGAGCACAACUACAGUGACCCUAGAGUCAUUCGACCAGAAGUACAAGACUCUCUUCGCGAAGCUGAGUUCUGCAAUCGAGAACCAGGAGCGUGAAUAUAUGGACCUUGUGCGCACAGGAAGCUCCGAGAAUAAUGCGCAAUCAUUCUCACUGCAACCCGAAAUUCGCAUUCUUCAAUUAGUGCUCCUAAAGCUUCUGGGAAAGGUAAUCAUCAUUGGCAAGUACUCAGAACCUUUGGUCAAUCUUACGUUGGUGCUUCCAGAUGCGGAUGCAACCUGCCGCCUACUUUUCGAUGCCCUGGAGGAUCUUGCCACUCAUGUUUCGCAAGCUCGUUACCAGACAAACUCCAAGUUGUUCAACGCGUUGGUAUAUCGUCAGCGUACUCCCUCUCGAGAAACACAGGAAUACGCCUUGGCGUUUGCACCUCUCCUCGAACAGACUGCAAAAAUCUCAGAGAUACUACAAAAGCUCAAGAAAGAGGUUUCUUUCAUCGCAACUAUUGCGCGCAUUGGAAGCCGUAGGAAUAAAUAG